AUGGAUAAUCCGAAGGUUCAAGAGAUCCUAGAGAAGCAAGUUCUUACAGUGGUCAAAGCCGUCGAAGACAAGCUCGAUGACGAAAUUCAUGCCCUAGAUCGGCUCGACCUUGACGAUAUCGAGGCAUUAAGAGAACGAAGGUUGCAACAGAUGAAGAAAAUGGCGGAGAAGCGUAGCCGUUGGAUUUCACUCGGUCAAGGCGAGUAUUCUGAGAUCCCCACCGAAAAGGAAUUCUUCUCCGUCGUUAAGGCCAGUGAGCGCGUCGUCUGCCAUUUCUAUCGUGAAAACUGGCCUUGUAAGGUAAAUAUAUAAUGUAAAUUAUGUUUUUCUGAUUUAGAAUGAUAUGGUUUUUUUUUGGGGAUUUGAAUUGCAUUGUUUGGUUGGUGGCUGAAAUAAGAGGAAAAGGAAGGAGAAUUGGAGCCUGAAAUCAUUUUUGCUUGUUCUCAUUUGGAAAGAUGAGGUUUUUAGAGGCUAUUGUUGAUAAUUUCUUAUUCUAAGUUUGGUUCUCUACACUAUACUAUGGUCGAUUGGGGUUUAGGGUCAAAUGGGAGCUAGAAUAUGUGUGUGGGUGUGUUUUUUUUACGAGAUCUUACUGCCAUAGAGUAUAGAAGGACACUAAUAGCAUGAUUUCUUAAAUGUGCUUGUGUUGUUUUCUACAAGCUGUAUCAUAUUAAUAGCUAACAAAAAGAAGUUACAAUUUUGACAAUGUUUAAGUGAUCCCAUAUCCAUUGACAACACCACCGCCACACCUGCAUCAAUAAUUGCGACCACCCACGCCCACCAUCAAAACGAUCACCAGAGCCAGCUAUUGCAGAUACUACCAUCAAAUUCAGCACCACCGUUUUUUCCCUGCAGGUUGGAUGGGUCGUUGAUUGUGGCCAUGGAUGGAACCAUCUAUAGGCCAAGAGGGGCCAUGUUGCCCCUCAUAUUUUCAAAAAAGCCUUUAACCCUCUGAAAUUUUCAAAAA